AUGGGCUGCGCUCCGAGCAUCCACGUGUCUCAGAGUGGGGUGAUUUACUGCCGGGACUCGGAUGAGUCCAAUUCCCCACACCAGACUACCACCAUAUCUCAGGGCACUGCUGCCACCUUGCAUGGUCUCUUCAUCAAGACAGACGCAGCCGACUCCAUUCCUUCUGUGCUCACCUACCAGAGUCGUUACCCGGCUGCUCCUCGCACAGGUUCCCGCAAGGAACGCAGGGACCCAGGACAACAGAGCUGCAUAGAGGCUGAGACACAGACCAGCCACACCAGUGUGAAGCAGGUAUCUUCAGCAGAACUGUGGCUGGGACCUAUGAGACUAACGCUGGAUCCCAUCCAGGUGCUGUUAGUAUUCGCAAAAGAAGAUAGCCAGAGUGAUGGCUUUUGGUGGGCCUGUGACAGAGCCGGGUACAGAUGUCAUAUCGCUCGGACACCAGAAACAGCACUAGAAUGUUUCCUGGAUAAGCAUCAUGAAAUAAUUGUUAUAGAUCAUAGGCAUUCGAGAUAUCUCGAUGCAGAUGCUGUGUGCAGAUCAAUAAGAGCAACCAAACCAGCAGAGCACACUACAAUAUUAGCAGUCGUUCCACGGGUAGCUUCAGGACAAGAAGAAACAUCUGUCCUUCCUCUUCUUCACACUGGAUUCAACCGGAGAUUUGUGGAAAACAGUAGUAUGAUUGCUUGCUAUAAUGAGCUAAUCCAGAUAGAGCACGGGGAGGUGCGUUCGCAAUGCAAACUGCGGGCCUGCAAUUCAAUAUUCACAGCCUUAGAUAACUGUCAAGAAGCCAUAGAAAUAACAAGUGAAGAUCACAUAAUACAGUAUAUUAAUCCAGCCUUUGAACGGAUGAUGGGAUAUCACAGGGACGAACUAGUCGGUAAAGAGCUCACAGAGUUGCCAAAAAGUGACAAGAACCGGGCAGAUUUAUUGGACACAAUCAACACGUGUAUCAAAAAGGGAAAGGAGUGGCAAGGGAUUUAUUAUGCAAGAAGGAAAUCAGGAGACAGCAUCCAGCAACACGUGAAAGUAACCCCAGUAAUUGGGCAAGGAGGGAAAAUUAGACAUUUUGUGUCUACCAAGAAGCUGUGCAUUUCCAGUGACAACAACAAACAGAUCUACAAGGUAAAUCGAGAUGAGAAAAGCUCUGGAGAGAACACGCUAACAGAAUCCCACUCAUUCAGACAUAAAAAUAGACGGAAAGAGUCUGUAGAUGUACGGUCUAUCACAUCCCGAAGUAGUGAUGCACCAAGUUUACAAAAUCACAGGUAUUCAUCUAUGGCUCGAAUCCACACCAUGACAAUAGAGGCUCCGAUUACAAAGGUCAUUAAUAUAAUAAAUGCAGCCCAAGAGAGCAGUCCUGUGACAGUAGCAGAGGCGUUGGACAGAGUUUUGGAAAUUCUACGCACGACAGAACUCUAUUCUCCUCAGUUGGGUACCAAAGAUGAAGAUCCUCACACCAGUGAUCUUGUAGGAGGUCUAAUGACUGACGGCUUGCGAAGGCUUUCAGGAAAUGAAUAUGUUUUUUCCAAAAACAUCUAUCACAGCCAUAGCCAUCUUCCCGUGCCAGUAACCAUUAAUGAUGUGCCACCUCGUAUAGCACAAGUACUGGAAAACGAAGACUCUUGGGAUUUUAACAUAUUUGAUUUGGAAACUGUUACAAACAAAAGGCCGUUAGUCCAUCUUGGAUUGAAAAUCUUCACCUGUUUUGGCGUGUGUGAAUUUUUGAAUUGCUCGGAAAGCACUCUGCGCUCAUGGCUGCAAGUAAUUGAAGUGAACUAUCACUCAACCAACUCUUACCACAACUCGACCCACGCAGCUGACGUCCUGCACGCCACCGCGUUUUUUCUUCAAAAGGAGAGUGUUAAGGGAAGUCUUGACCAGCUGGAUAAGGUAGCAUCGCUUAUAGCUGCCACCGUCCAUGACAUAGAUCAUCCUGGUCGAACGAACUCAUUCCUUUGCAAUGCUGGCAGUGAAUUGGCUGUACUGUACAAUGACACGGCCGUCUUGGAAAGUCACCAUGCUGCGCUGGCCUUUCAGCUGACAGCAAAAGACAACAAAUGCAACAUCUUUAAGAAUAUGGACCGGACUCAGUAUCGAGCCCUUCGCCAAGCCAUUAUUGACAUGGUUCUAGCAACAGAAAUGACCAAGCACUUCGAGCAUGUGAACAAAUUUGUGAACAGCAUCAACAAACCCAUUGCAGGAGAAGACAGCAACUCCAUUAGUGAAGGCAGCGACUGUGAAUUUCCCACCAGUAUACGAAAUUCCCCCGAAAACCGCAUUCUCAUCAGACGUAUGCUGAUUAAGUGUGCUGACGUGGCCAAUCCAUGUCGCCCUUUGGAUCUGUGCAUUGAAUGGGCUGGGAGGAUCUCGGAGGAGUAUUUUGCUCAGACUGACGAGGAAAAGAAACAAGGUCUGCCAGUUGUGAUGCCUGUGUUUGACCGACACACAUGUAGCAUACCAAAAUCCCAAAUAUCAUUUAUAGACUAUUUUAUCACAGAUAUGUUUGAUGCAUGGGAUGCUUUUGCACAUUUGCCAAACCUCAUACAACACCUAACAGAGAACUUCAAGUAUUGGAAAUCAUUGGACGAAAUGAAGUGCAAAAGUCUAAGGUGUUCGCCGGAAUGAAGCAAACAAAGGAAAGUCAAACAGUGACCUCUCGACCUACCUGCACUGUGAAUUAUUUACUAAAGGAGUCUACAGAACAAGGAGAAUUAACAUUCAGUACGUUUAAACAUGAGGAUCACUUAUUACCACUUGCUGGCAAAACUAACAUAUAGUAGAUUAUUUACCAAUCAACUUACUACAGCCAAUUUUUGUGUUUGCUAAGAACAGUUUUUAAACCUAAUGUAUUUGGAAUUGGACAUAUUUAGUGUUGGAAGCGCACUCCACCAGCACUCAAAGGGUACUUAAACUAUUCAGGGCUAUUGUCUUGUAACCAUUUAGAUAACAGAGCCGUGCUUUGCACAGUCAUCUGCAUUUCCAGGGGUUAAAUCAUCAUUGUUUUGCAAUCGUGACAGCUGAAAACAAUGGGCAAUGGAGCUGAACAUAUUUUCU